AAGGGGCCACAGAAAAGGGGGAGAAAGACAGAUCGGGCAGGAGAUCUUUAGAAUGUGAGGGGUUUGAUUCUGCGAGGAUUCUUGCCUUUGCUGCACAGAUAGAGCAGAUCACGAAAUAUCGCCCUGAUCAGAGCCAUUUCUCCUUCUCACUCUUUAUCUUCAACAUGGAUUCUUCUUCGUUCUCUUCUGCUUAUGAUCCCAAGGGAGAGGGUGAUGCAGGUGAGCUUCAUGUCUUGGCUGUUGAUGAUAGCGUCGUCGAGAGGCUGUUCUUGGAGAGAAUGCUGAAGGAUUCUGAAUACAAAGUAACCACAGCAGAAAAUGGAGUGAGGGCACUGGAAUACUUGGGUCUUCUUGGAGAUGCAGGAGAAGGCGCCCAAAAUAAAACAGACUUGAAGGUGAAUCUGAUAAUUACGGACUACUGCAUGCCAGGCAUGACUGGCUAUGAACUGCUGAAGAAGAUAAAGGAAAUAUCAUACUUAAAGGAGAUUCCUGUGGUGAUCAUGUCUUCAGAAAACAUCCCAACACGAAUUGAGAAAUGCUUAGAGGAAGGGGCCGAAGAAUUCAUGUUGAAGCCAAUCCAACAAUCUGAUGUGAAGAGACUGAGAUGCCAUGUGAAGAGCCUCAACCAGCCUUCCCCUGGCAGGCUAUGCCUGGGGAGAUAAGAGAGCUUACUGCGAUCUAUGAAAGUUUUAAUUUGUAGUUCUUUUUUCCUCAUUUGAAUAUUUCAUGGUUUAAUCUUGUUUGUGAGAGUAAUUAGACGGGACCUGACUAAGAAGCUUUGAAAUAAUUUGAUGCAUCAUCAACUUUAUCUGUUAGUGUUGUUUUAGUAAAGACAACCAUGGAAAUAAAGUUCCAGAUUUCAUGUUUGUUAAGA